GAGGCGGCGAAGGCGUUGUCGGAGAUCUCAAAGGGUGAUCCGGAAUCUGCACAGAGGGCUUUGAGACGAGUUGUGAUGAGUCCUGGAAGGGAAUGGAGAUGGUUGUCGAAUCCGCAAGAUUUUAUCGCCGCGGCGAAGUUGUUGAUUGAGGAGGGCCAGGGUCCGAAGAGUCCUUCUGUCGCGUUGAGCGAGGAUAUCAGAAGUCGAUUGUUUGUUACGCCGACGCCGGAUACCACAGGCAUGGAUGUCGAUGAUGUGGAGGUGAUUGAUUUGGGAGAAGGCGAAUCGACCGGGCAGGCUGAUGUUGUCGCUGUCAUUCGUCCCAAAGAUAAGCCAAUCCGUGAGCUGCUUCUUGCUCACGCGGAGGCUUCUGCUCGAGAAGCCCUUGCGAAGCAGCGGAAGCAGGAUCUCAUUGAAGGUGCGUAUGACGCCGAGCGUGGCCAAGAGUUUCUCAGGGCAUGGCGGGAGGAGAACAAUGCUAGGAUCCAAAAAGAGGGUUUGGAGGAGAAAAUUGAGACGCUCUUCGCUGCGUCGGAAGCUUGAAAUCUACUUGGAGUUGGACACAACUAGAGUUGUGGGUGGCGUCAGCGUGUUGCAGGCUUGGAUUGAUCUACUUAAUCGUGUUAUCCUAAGAGACGGACGGAAAAUGUCACUACAUACUCAAAAUGUAUCUCCCUCC